AGCUGCAUUUCUCUAGUUCUAGGUUCAGGGAAUUGAGAUCUGAAGCUCAUUUCUGUUUCCCUUUUGGGUUGUGUGUAGAGAUCAUUUUUUGGUAGAUGUUUGGGAAGUCAGUAAAAAUAGAACAGCUAUUGCCCUUCCACUUGUGCCCACCUUCUGCCUUUCCCUGUCAAAGGUGGAACUUUUAUAGGGGACCAAAAGUGAGAUUCAUCACUUGGAAAUUUUUGACUACAAAAAGGGCGGUGUGUGUUAUGAGCUGUCCUCCUGUGUUCUUCAGAAUUCUCACCAUUGAAACCUCUUCAACACAUUUUCAGGUGACAGGAUCUCUUAGAAGUCUUGUGGAAGUUGUGGCCUUGGGGGUUGUCAAUCCAGUAAAAGGGAGAUCAUCAAUGGAAGAGAGAUAUGCUUUGUAUAGGCAGGGCAGUAGGGCGUUGAGGUCCAUGAGAAAUGGAGAUUUUCAGGAAGGAGAUGUUUGGGAUGUUCUCAACAGAAGGGAAGAUUACAAUUCCGUGGUUGGAAGUUCAAUGGAAUCCUCUCAUUUUUCUCCAAGGCGCCCCCCAAGUGCCGCCAGAAUGAUAGGUAGAGUUCAUGGCAACAGCAAUCCCAUUCAUGAGCCCAGGGUGGUUCAGCAAUCAGCACCUGUCAAAAUUCCAGACUGGUCAAAGAUCUAUGGGGAGAAUUCAAAGAAAGCCAGCUCUAACAAUGCUUCAUGGCUCGAUAACAAUGAUGAUGAAGGGGGUGUUGGUGAUGGGGUUUUGAAUGAAGGUGAUGAUAGUGGUGAUGAUGAUGACGAUGAAACUAAGUUGCCCCCACAUGAAUGGCUUGCUAAGAAGUAUGCAAGGAGUCAAAUUUCAUCCUUUUCUGUUUUUGAAGGUGUUGGAAGGACCCUGAAAGGGAGGGACCUUAGCAGAGUAAGGAAUGCUGUUCUCACCAAAACAGGUUUCCUAGAAUAGUGGUCCUCAUUAUGCUGUCCUGUAUAGAUAUUAGUUUGUGAUGUUGGUGUGAGAUGACGAUGGUCCUGUAUAGGUUUGUGGCUUGGGUGAAGGACACAUCCAUUUUAAAUGUAAAAUACUGAAGGGAUUGAUCUGCAUUUCGCAUUUCUCCAUAGACUUUGACUGCUCUUGCGUGUGUGUGUAUGUCUCUUUUAUCACUUUCACCUACUACAAUACAUAAAUUCCUUUAAUUUUACAGAAAAAAAAUAUUAAAAACAGUUUCCUUUUUAUGACAGUCUCGUAGUUAUACUCAACUUGAUUGAAAGUGCCAGAACACAAGAAGCCCACAAAGCAUGUCAGUCAUUGGGUGUUGUUUCAAGCAAGUUGCUCUCUCAAUAUGCUUUGGUAACAACAAGAACCUAGUGCUUCCAAUGCUUUUGCUUCAUCACAAAGAUGGGCCAGUUGGACUGGGACUUCACAGCCUCCAUCAUUUUCAUCUAUUGACACAAAACAAGCAACAUCAUUUGGGUACUACCCAUCAUCUACAUACUUGGUAGAUUGAUUAAUUUGCAAAUUUUAAUUUAUGGUUUGUGAGAAAAAGGAUAUUCUGAGGAUGAUAUGAAAGAGGAGGGUAGUCAGUCACUUCAUGGUUGGACAUGAAAUGUAGAUUUUAAUGUAUUGGGGUCUUCUUAAAGAAUAGAUAGAAAAAGUUAGUUUA